AUUCAGUGUCCUCAGCAAGUCUUCUUUGAACUGGGCAACAAUGCAGAGUGAGACGUCUGAGGCGACGCAGAAAGGCGAAGGGUACCUCUCAGGCUGCAAAAUGGCCAACACUCCUCGUUUUGGGCCAUUUAGACGAAUUGUCACAUCCCAUGAGCCCGACAAGGAAGGCUCAGAGGAGCCACAAGUUGCCGUUCGCAUUAUCGACACACAGCCAGAUUUUGUAGAAGGACUCAACCUCUAUUCUGGUGGUAUAUGGACAACAGAUACUUGUCCGGCGACGAAUUCAUAUGACUUUGGCGAAGAUGCCGGUGGCAAGAGCGGAGCUCUCAUCGUCAAUCCUGGUGGAAGCAAUUGCAGGCUGACGGAACUUCCUCCUGGGGUCACGACGCCAAUGCACAGAACAAGUUCGGUUGACUACAACAUCAUCACGCACGGAUCCGGUGUACUGCUGACUCCUGCUGAGGCGGACUCUUCAGCAGUCAACGAGACUCCCAUCAAAGUUGGCGACGUGAUCGUUCAGCGUGGAACUUUACAUGCCUGGAGAGCAAGCGAGCAAGGCAUGCGCUGGACAUCUGUCAUUCUCGAAGCUCUUCCCGUUUCGUUCACCAAAGACGGUCAGAAACACACUUUAGAAGACACCGGACUUUCUUCACUAGACUAGGCUGCUAUCAAGCCCCAAACGGAGUCUUACCUUGGUCAGAAGCCCUUCCAAGCGACUUUUAGCAUCGAAAUUGUCAGUCUAACGCUGUAAUCUGGUAAGACCAUGUCUCACAGCGCCUCUCUCUCGAUGUGUUAUGCAUCGUGCAUUCACUAGCUUCCUUGCUUACAGUGUUGCUGUCAUAAACCCAUGUCAUCCUGGCUGAGGAUUGUCACACCUGAAGUGGUCCAUCUACACCAUAUCGGACAGCCACAUUGGCUCGGUCGAAAUGUUGUCAGCGCCACAACGACAACAAAGACGUAUUCUCAGUGUUGAAAGACUGUAGCAUGAAGCUCACAUCCAGACAAGCCGUCCACUGAAGCGCGGAAAACUUGUC